GUAGGUGUGCAUUUUGGCCGCUGUGGAUUUUUCAAAGAUGAAAGAUAGUGUGCAAUAAAAUUCAUUUUUGGAUAGCUGAAGAUUAAUAUAGCCUUUAUAGUGGGUUUAUAGGAACAUCAAGAUUCUGUAACAUAUGUUUUAUGGGCUGUUUUCUGUAUGAUAGUCCGUAUUUUCAUAUCCAUACCAGACAUUGGUCCGGUUAUUAUUGUAAUGUUUUUUUCCAACUUUUUGUCACAUGAACUUUGUGAUUAAAUUUUACGAAAAAAUGAGGCGAAAGACACCCAAUUUUCAUUUGAUCAUUUGGUAGAUUAAUGUCAAUAGUUUCAGAAAAUGUAUCACUCAAAGGGAUUGAAAUUCUAGUUUGAACCAAGUUUUGGGGGAAUAUGUGACAUUUACAUCCCCCUUUUUUUCAAUAUUUUAAGGUGAAUAAAUGCAGAAUGUUGUCAUGGAUACACAAAAAAAUAAUUAUCCUAUGGAAGAUACUGAUUACAAACAUAUGCACAUGUAUGACACAAACAGUGGCUUAAUGUAUAAGAAAGCCAGGAAUAGAAGACGAUUAAACAUUUUGUGGUUUCAAUUUUAAUUUUAUUUUCUAACUGUGGAGUGCCACCUAAGAUACUAUAAGCAUGGUGUUUGGAAUGAUUUUUAGGUGUACAGGUUUGACUGGCAGGUUUCAUCUGACCUUGACCUCAUUUUUAUGGUUCAGUGGACAAUAUUUAGUUUUUGUAGCUUGAUCUAUUUCUAAGAUACUAUAAGCAAUAGGUCAAUUAUAUUAGGUGUAUGGAAUGAUUGUAAGGUGUACAUGUUAGUCUUGCAGGGUUCAUAUUACCUUGACCUAAUUUUCGUGGUUUAUUGUUCAAUAUUAAGAUUUUGUGGUUUGAUCUGUUUACUAGAAACUAUAAACGAUAGGACCACUAUAUUUGGUGUACAUGUAUGGAAUGAUUGUAAGGUGUUCAUGUCUGUCUGGUAUGGUUCAAAUGACCUUGACCAACAUUGAUAAAGUUAAGUUUCUCUUCCCUAUACUUGUUGUAGAAGCUUAAUAUUACAGACUUUCAACAUAAAUUCAAUCAUAAGUAAAGCAGUUUGAUGUUUUUCUUUGUAUCGAUCUGAUGAGUUAAGCCUUUUUCAACUAAUUUUUACAGCUUGUUCUUAUGUUGUGUUGUUACACCACUGUCCCAGAUUAGGAUGGGGGGGUUGAACACUUAAAAACAUGUUUAACCCCACCACAUUCUUUAUGUUCCUGUCCCAAGUUAGGAGCUUGUAGUUCAGUGGUUGUCGUUGGUUGAUGUCUGUCAUAUUUGUUUUUUUCGUAAAUUGUUUAGUUAUAAAUUAGGCCAUUUGUUUUCUCAGAUGAAUUGUUUCAUAUUUUCAUGUCUGGGCCUUUUAUAGCCGACUUUACGGUAUGGGUAUUUCUCAUUGUGGAAGGCUGUACGGAUGCCUAUAAUUGCUUACAUCCACUUUAUUUGAACUUUGGUGGAUAGUUGUCUCGUUGGCAAUCAUACCACAUCUCCUUAUUUUUAUAAAGUCAUUUCAGCGUAUACACUCUUGUUGUUUAUUGUUUUGUACAUGUACAUAAAUCAGGUCGUUAUUUUUCUCGUUUGAAUUGUUUUACAUCUGUUAUUAUUAGUUCGAGGCCUUUUAUACAUACAUGUGAACCUUCCAUUGGGAGGACAAUAAUCUCGUUUUCAGGGGUCUCCUAUGUCCCCCGUUGAAGAGAUCAAAAUCCUGUGCUUCAAAAAUGACAUGAAUGAAAAUUACGUUUUUUUUUACUUUUAUUACUAUUGUAAGUGGUAUAAAUUCAGAGUUUAUCGAACGUUAUUAAAUAAUCGAUUUCUGGUGUAUAUUGUAUCUGACAUUAUGCAACUUGGAGAUUUUGACCCUGAGGCAUAUUAACAAGAGAUGAUCAGAUGAUAUGUUGAAUGAACUAUCAACAAAUGAUAGGAUAUUAAUUGCUGGCUUCCAUUUAUGUCACAGGCCAAAGAUGACUAAAGUUCUUACCAUACCUAUUCACUGCCAUGAUGAAGGAUUUAAAAUAUUGUGUGGAGAGACCACAGUAUUUACGUAUGACAUUGGAGGAUUGUUCCAUGUGCCUGAAAAAUUUUACUGACCCUGUUUUCUCAUCAGUAGCAUGUGAAACACAAUCAGAUUGUGAAAUAGAAGAACUGAUGGAUGUUCAGUGCCACCAGUUGGAGCUACCAGACUUUUGUCCCAUUGAAACAGCCAGUCAGAGUGGGAAAUUUGAAGAUGCUGUUAAAAAUCUGGCGGAUAGUAUAUAUUAUAGUACUUUUUCGGGUUCUGGUAAAAUUCAGUCCCCUAAAAUAGAACAAUGGUAGGAUAAGAAUAUAAAAUUAGAAAGAAUUGUAAGGAUUGAUACUUAAAUGAUAUUUUUUCCCUUUAUAGUGAUAUUUACUUAAAUAUGUACUGGUAAUUUAAAAAAAUAGAUAAACUUGAAAUGUUAAUUGCCUAUCUCCUUAAUCGUAAUACCCCCUCUCCAAAGGAAGGGAGUAUACUGGUUUAUCUCUGUACAUUUGUCUGUCUGUCCAUAACGCAUUUCUAUCCCAUUUAACUUAAAAACUACAGUUUAACUCUUUUUCAGAUCCUCUAAGGUUCGGUUUCCUGUUUGCCGGAAAUUACUAUCAUCAAAAUAUCAUGCACAUAUAUUGAAUUUUUCUUAGGAACUGCUAGUCAUAUAUGUAGCUUCUUGAAGUUCUUGAUGGCACUGACUUUCAUCUAGUUAUGCCAUACUUUGUACACAUUUUAGUUUUUUCUGGUUUUACAUCCUGCUUAAACUUUUAACUUAUAAUGCACAAACAUGAAAUUUUAAUCACAUUUAGACAACAAUAUUGAGUAGGGGAAUAAAUUAUGGGCAAUAGCUCACAGUGAAUCUUGUUUUCAACUUAUUUACAAAAUUUCUCACCACAAAUAUUUAGACUUUCCCAAAUCUCUUGACAGAAGUCAUGAUGAACUGAUUUAUAUAAUGAUUCCUAAAUAAGACACUCACAUUAGGUCUGGGACAAAUCACACUAUUGUUGUAUGUGCAUUAUAGAAAGGGGGAGUGUGGGUUCAAGACAAAAUUCUAUAUUGUGAUUCCCCCAAAUGCAAGUAUUGAAUAAGGACUAAAACUGAUUUUGAAUCAAGGAAAGGCACUGAAAAUGUUUCAUUCUCACCUGCAUUGCUUUUUUCAGAACUUGUGCUUGGAGAGUGUUCUGCCUACCAAACAGUAUGAUAUACUAAAUGUAUUAAAGACAAGAUGCUGCUGUAUAUAACCUACAGUUGCUGUCACUAUCAUCUCUAUGGCUCACCAUUAUGCACCAUAUUACAUGAGACAAUGAUUGGGAGGCAUACUGCAAUGACCUUAAUAUCUACAUGUGUAUCAUUUGUCUGUCGGUUUUAUAUGUCUGUCUAUCUUAUUAUUAUUACAUAUAUAGUAAUCAGCAACUGUUUAAAGGAAUGAUUUGUUAUAAGCCAAUAAGGUAGCAAUACACAGUUAAAAGUUGAAACUGACACUCAUAAUUUUAAUCACCCUCUUUCCCUUGGUUUCUAACAAAUUAAGCUUAGUGUUUUAUCAUAUUUGUGCAUAUGUAUUGAAAGAGCAUCUUCCAUAGAUUAAGUUUCCAAUAGUUGAAAUGGUGAAAUAUAAUCUCAUUUUGGUUUAACCAUGGCAACAAUCUGCAUUUAUUUGAUACAAAAUAUUGCAAAAAGAGGCCCCAAAACUUGGUCCAAAUUAGAAUUUCAAUCCAUUUGAGUGAUACUUUUACUGAAACCAUUGACAUUUAUCUGUAAAGAAAUAGAAUAAAAAAAACAUAUGCAUUUCACCUCAUAUAUUUGUAAAAUUGCAUCGAAAGUUCAAGUAUAAAAAAAUGGUGAGUAAACAUUACAAUAAUUUCUGGAUCUAUGGCCCGUAUGGAUAUGAUAAUAUGGACUGUCAAACAGAAAAUGUUCUAUAAACAUGCAAAUAACAAUCUUGAAUAUGUACAUGUAUGUUCAUGUAAAAUGAUAUAAGAAGAUGUGGUAUGAGUGCCAAUGAGACAACUCUCCAUCCAAGUCAAAAUUUAUAAAAGUAAACCAUUAAAGGUCAAAGUACGGUCUUCAACACGGAGCCUUGGCUCACACCGAACAGCAAGCUAUAAAGGGCCCCAAAAAUACUAGUGUAAAACCAUUCAAACGGGAAAACCAACGGUCUAAUCUAUAUAAAAAACGAGAAACACUUAUGAACCACAUAAACAAACGACAGCUACUGAACAUCAGAUUCCUGACUUAGGACAGGUGCAAACAAUUGCAGCGGGUUUAAACGUUUUAAUGGUACCAAACCUCCACCCUUAUCUGAAACAAUUGUGUAAUGUCACAACAUAGAAAGACCCAGUUUGAAGGCUUAAUUAUUCUUCAGCUAUCUGAAAAUUAAUUUUAUUGCACAAUAAUUUAAUUUUGGAUGUAACACGUCUUCUGAUUGGCUGAGAGAAUUUUGUUUAUCAGCUCAUAGACAUAAUUUUGUCAUGUGACCGUGACAUUAUCAACGUUUUUUUCAUGAUUUACUCCUUAAAAAUGGAAUUUAGAAUUAAAUUAUAAGGAAUGAUUGUAAUAUUUUUUCUGUCUAUUCGAAAUAACAGAAAAAUGUGGUGCACACUGUUAAAUAACCCGCAAUGUGCGUUAUUCAGUGUGCACCACAUUUUUGAUGUUAUUUCUUCAUAGACAGAAAAAAUAUUACAGUCAUUCCUUAAAUAACUUUCAUAUAAAUUGAAAAAUUCAUCAAGCCAAAAUGUGAAACUGCAUUCGUAAAUGUGUAUUGCUACCUUAGGUCUGGAGCAAUUUAAUGUUGAGGUGUACACUGGAAGGGCUUUUUACAUUUGCGGGGGAGCAAAAUCUUGUUUGACAACACUUAAAAAAUUUGUUAUACUCCCUGAGCAUGGAAUUUUUAUGUCACUGUCUAGAUAACAAGUGAUGUAUACUUUGUAAGACACUGCCUGCAACUUUUUCAUUGACCUGACUUGAAAGUAAAAUGAUCAUGAAUACAUUGUUAAAGUACUUGUUAUUCUUUAAUGAUGGUAAUCUGCAGUUGAAUAUAAAUACAUAUACAAAAAUGAUGUCAUUAUGUAAUUCAUAUGUUGCCUAUCAUUAAUUCUAAAAAAAAUUCUGGUUUACAUGUUUAUAGGUUAAAAUCAUCUCUCUAUUGUUUCAGUUAUUUUUCCUUCACAAGAACUUUUAUAUCCAUAUGUUUUUACUAUCCUGGGACAUUAUUUCUGAAAAAAAUUACAAUCUUAUUAUUAACACACAUCUUGUUCAAAGUUAAAUUCACACGUAUGUAGACUGAAUUUAUGUCUGUUAUUUAGACAUCUCAAAACCUUUAUAUGAUGUCACCAGUCAUUAAUUUGUGAUCACUUACUAUCAACAUGAUUAAGCUGGUUAAGAGACUAAAAACAAUAAUUCAGUGAUUGCUAUAUAUCUAUUUUUAGGUUGUCUGAGAAUUUUAUAGAGCAUGAAGAUAAGAAUGUUGCCAGAAGAGAAAUGUACAACUACUACUGUGAAUGUUGUAAGUUUCACAGAGAAACACCUUGUAAUCAGGCUACAUUUGGAAAGGUUGUCAGAGUUGUCUUUCCUGGAAUAAAGACAAGAAGAAUAGGGAUCAGAGGUCAUUCCAGGUACCAUUAUUUUGGUAUAGGACCAGUCAAUAACAGGGGAAAAUUCACUCCAUCUUUACCACACAGAUCGUACUUUAGACAUGAAGACAUAGAUCACAGCCCGGCAGUGGUGCUACAAUGUCCAGACAGAGUGAGACCUAAUGGAUAUCAUGAUGUAGAGCUAUUUUUGGCAGAUUUUCCAACUAUAGAAACCGUGGCUGUUAAAUGUAAACAUAAGAUUCUGGCAUUUGAAUUUUUGCAGAUGUACAAAGAUCAUGCAGUCACAUUAAUCAGUUCAAUUGUUAAUGCAGAAUUUGACAAGGUAACAAGAUGUAUAUCUGAGUUUUGGACAGGCCUUCCUGUGAAGAUGUACCCACUUCUUAACCAAUCAGACUUUGUAUCAGUUAUAGAACAGUGUGAUUUAUUGGUGUACUUUGUUAUAAAUGAUAUGCUGGUACCAACAGUCCCCUAUGUUGUCAACAAGGGGAUGACAGAGGCUGUGAAGAGUUUGUUACACUGUUUACCAGAAUGUUUGACAAACAGUUUGAUUCUGUUACCUGAUUUACUAAGAAUACGGAAAUUAAGAGUGUACCAAGAAUUCCAACAGAGUAUUCAGAAGCAACUUCAUAUCAGUUGUAUAUACACUGUAGUGUCUGUUGUACUGAGGAAUCAGGAUGUAACAAGCAGAUUACACAAUGACUGGAAACAGCUGGACAGCAAUGAAAUAAAUGGGAGGAUUUCUGCAGUAGUUCAACAAAUUGACUUAAAAGAUGUUCUUUAUUAUAUAAAGAAAAUAGAAAAGAUACUAAAUAACAAGGAGGACAUACCUGAACAGUUAACAAGACUUGUGCACACAGUGUUACAGACAUAUUGGAAGUCUACUGACAGACAGAAACCACAAAUUCAGUUGUUUGUCUUGCAAUGGUCAUACAUCAGUGGACAAAUCAUACAACUUCUUGCUGAAGAACAUUCCUCAGUUACAGGACUAUUUUUGCUGUUAGAAGUGCUGUGUAAAGACUACUUAAUGUUCCUGAUUGAAAAACAUGUAGAGAUUUAAGAUGCAAUAUGAUGAUUGUAAAAUCUAAAACUGUAUUUGCCAUUCCCUGUGCAAUAUAUGCUGACAUUUGAAUUUUCUAUUUGUUUUAAUAAAGCUGUUACAACAGAACAUAUGGAAAUCUCAGUAUUUGUAUUUAGUUAUGAACAGACAAUAUUUGAUCAAUAAAGAAAUCUUGGAUUUUG